AUGACAACGAGUCCGCGCCCCGCGCUCGGCUGCAACUCGGGCGGGACCCAGGCUGGACCGCGGGCCCCGGCCUGGGGGCCACAGCUGCCACCAGCGCCGCCACCUUGUCUCCUCCCCAUCCCCGCCCCUCCCCGAGUCUCCCCGCCUCACUCGGGCCUGUGGCCGGGGUCCCUCCCCGCCACCCCAGCCCCGCGCAGAUGCCGAAGGUGAAGGCGUUGCAAUGCGCUCUGGCGCUGGAGAUCCGCUCUGUAACGUGUCCAGGAGUGGUGCUGAAAGACAAGGAGGACAUCUACCUUAGCAUCUGUGUGUUUGGCCAGUACAAAAAGACACAAUGUGUCCCAGCCACUUUCCCACUGGUCUUCAAUGCCAGAAUGGUAUUUGAAAAGGUGUUUCCUGAAGCAGUAGACCCUGGAGAUGUGGUUGCACAGCUUGAGUAUGACACAGCAGUGUUUGAGUUGAUACAGCUAGUUCCACCAGUGGGUGAAACACUGUCUACCUAUGAUGAAAAUACACGAGAUUUCAUGUUCCCGGGUCCAAACCAAAUAUCUGGACACCAUGAUUCAAAUCGCCAGGUGACCAUGAGGAGGAUUUCUGGCCUAAGAGGAAUUGCUCCAAAGCUGGAAUUUUCUACAACGUCAGUUAUUACUGAAUGUCUGAUAAGUUCAAGGAAGUGCCGCGCUCAGGAUAAAUUUGUUUACCAUUCGACUCCAGUUGAAAAAUCACACGGCAGACUGCAAAACAGAACAUCAAGAUCACAAAAGAAAAAAUCCAAGUCACCUGAGAGGAAUAAGUAUUGCAUAAAUGCAAAAGGCUACGAACAGCCUACAAUCUCUUCAAAAUCCCACUCUCCAUCUCCCUACACAAAAAGACGCAUGUGUGAGCUAUCUGAAGACACGAGGAGGCGGCUGGCCCAUUUAAAUCUGGGACCAUAUGAAUUCAAAAAAGAAACAGAUAAGCCUCCGUUUGUGAUUAGACACGUUGAUCCUCCAAGUCCCCGGGCUGAUGCUGUGUUUGGAUCUUCUGGCAGAGACUGUGAAAGAGAUGGGUGGGCCAGAAUGCACAAUGAUCAUUCCCAUGUUGGCUGCUGCCGUGCCAAGGAUUAUAAGGUUAUCAGGACACCCCACGGAAGAGAAUUCGAUGACUCUUUAGAAAGGUGUGAAGAUUAUUUGAGCUCCAGGUCAUGUAUGAAGCCCCAGCAUUCAGCAAGGACCUUACUAGUCCACUCAGCGCCCUCAACAAUGCCGAAGCAUUGCCAAAGCCCCAUGUUAAAUCGAUCUUCUCUCAGGGAAAGAUUCCAUUCUGAUUGGUGUUCACCUCCAAACUGUGAUGAGAUCCAUGACCGGGUAAAAGAUGUCUUGAAAUCACAUCAGGCUCAUCAAAGGCAUUUAUAUGAUGAGCGAGACCCGGAGAAAGACGAUGAGCUGGAACUGAAAAGAGGUCUUUUAUACAGAGACCCUGCCUAUGACAGCGACCCUGAGUAUAGCUCGUUUCAGCGGCCACGUGGCAACCUCCAUUUAGAAGACGGCGAGUACUGGUCCAACAGGGCAGCCUCUUACAAGGGAAAAUCCCACCGACCCAUGUUUGAGAACAGCAUGGACAAGAUGUACAGGAACUUAUACAAAAAGGCCUGUAGCUCCGUUUCUCAUACACAAGAAAGCUUCUGAGAGAACUUCCCACCAUAAACUGUAUGAGUGUCCAUGUUAGCCUCUUAAUGAAAAAUUUCAUGUGAUCAGUAUAUCUGUACUCCUUUCUUUGAAAACAGGUGAUUCACUGAUAAAGUAGUUAGACUUGAAUCAAAUUCAUUACUUCAGGUGGUAAGUUACCUUAGGCAAGCCUUUCUAUGACAGAAGAUGGUGCUGUGUCUAGAUGUCACAGCUGGCAGAGCAUCCCAGCUUGCAGUCUCUGGCAAGGAUUCUCCACAGCCUGCAUCUGACACCGCCAGCUACUGAUGAGGAAUAAAUCCUCUCCAGAAAUGUUCUGCCUUUAUCACCUUGUAAUUUUCCUUUCAUCUGCUUGACUGAUUAUCUUGUAAGGGUAAGAUUUAAUUAAUACAAACUCAAUUCUAGUCAAUAUGCAAAAGGGCAUGCUCUAUAGAAAUGAAUUUUCUAAGCUGGAACCCUGUUUAUUCACUUUUCUCUCCCAGAAAAGCCAUUUUUAUGCUUUUAGCCCAUAAAAAUAGGUUUCUUUUUUUCAAACUCACCUAAUCACUUAGCUCUUCCUCCUCUGGAAGAACUGCUGAGUUAUCCUAAGUAUCUAAUGAUUAGCCAGGAAAAACAAUGCCUUAUAUAUGAUCCAAAAUAUGAGUAAAUGAUUUUUAUGAUGAUUUUCUUCUGGGGCCAUACAUUUCCUUGCUAGUAAGUGAGCAGGAACUCAAAAAGAAUGAAGAAUUUUAUUGACAUUUUCAUAGUUAGGUCCUGAGCCAGUAGCACUCACACUUUAAAAGACAUGGCAGGAUUUGGUGGUGCUCACCUAUAAUUGCACCUAUUUGGGAGGCAGAGCCAGGAUCAUUGUGUGAGGUCACCCAGGCAAAGCUAAUGAAAGACAGUCUCAAAAACAAGUAGUAGAGCAUGGCAUAGAACAUGAUUCAUAAUUCCACCUGAUUAGGAGGUAGAGGGAGGAGAAACACAGUUCAAGGCCAGUAAGGAAAAAUGUAGUCUAAUACUUAUCUACCAAACACACACACACACACACACACACACACACACACACACACGCAAAAACGACUGGAGAUUUAUCUCAGGUGGACUAUACCUUGCCUGAAAGUACAUUGUCCUGAGUUAAAACACCAGUACUAUCUCCUAAAGAAUAAUUAUAACCCAACAUUUUUUAAAAGGACCUUUUCAACCACAGAGAAUAAAGUAAUGUAGCAGAGUACUUUUUAAGAGGCACUCAGAAAUCUUUUGGCUGGUUAAUAAAAUUAGGUACUCAUCCUUGACCCCAGCAAACACCCUUGAAGCAAGUGACCGUUGGAAAGUAUCAGGAACUCUAAUGUAUUUACUGAAAGGAGGAAUAGGAAAUAGGUAACUUUUGUGCACAAGCUUGAAGAGUUGACUGUAAAAUAUCCUCUCAUUGAUUCUGUUAUUAAUCAUUUCAAAAGACAAAAAAAGAGCAUUACUUACACUUACACAUUUAAAUUGGAAUGUGACUCUAGUUGACUUAAUUUUGUUAAGAAAAAAAAAUAUAUAAUAUAUAUAUAUAUACACAUAUAUAUUUGUUAGAUCACAAAGGGCGUCAAAGAUAGGAGCUAGAGUCCUAGGCUUUAGUUUCCUUUUAAUAUCAAAUGAAGAGAAUGAUGUAAAACAAAUGGAGUUCUGUGAACCAGAAUCACAGUGCUAUAAGGUUGUUGUAGGAAUAUAAACAUCAUUUUUGUUUGUUAUCAGAGUUUGAACUCAAGGCCUUAUGUUCAAUCAUCUUGCUCAUUCAGCUGAUGACAUACCACUUGAGCCAUGCCUCCAGCCAUGGAUUUUGCUGGUUAUUUUGGGA